UGGGAUGAUCUGCAGUUUCUUUCCCGUCUUCAAAACGCAAUCAAGACAUCCCACUGGCGAAGGAUCAAAGGGCAGAUCAGCUGAGACGAUUACCGGGCUUUCAUAACGACCUUCUCUUCUAUCAGCCUAUGAGAAGAGGUAGGCAUAAAAGUAUUCAUGAAGUCCGCAAAUCAAUACUCCGUCUACUCAGUCCACUUUACAAGGAGUCAUGGCGGAGUCUGAUAUCGAACACACGCAGCGCCGUUCCUCCUCCCGGACAUCCUCAUCUUCCCGACACAGCCAAAUAGCUAGGCCCGUUCGCACAAGAUCUCAAAAACGGCAGUCAGCUGCGUCUUCCAAUGCUACCACCACCGACCUCACGUCGUUUCCCUCCCUUUCUCCGGAUCGCUCAGUAGAGGGGUUUUUCGGCAAGCCUGCGUUGAACCGCGCCCUGACGAACGCGUUGUUGGACGAUCAUGAGAGCGGUGAUAGCAGUAGCUCAGGGGAAAUGACUGGUCGGGAUCGAAGGGCAACCUUGGCGAAGUUGACGGGCGGCAUGCCACGAACUUCUGGCCGUGCGGCUUUAUUUGACGACGCGGUCCCGGUUCACGAUUUUCCCGGCGCGCUACACUUGGCGGAUGAUGCACACAUUGAGCGGUUGGUUGCGAGUACGGGAGCUGUGAAAUUGGUUCGACAGUUUGCCCGCGAUUUGGCGCAACGGGAUGCCGAGAUCUCGGCUCUGCGCCAGCGGGCUGAUGCGAGGGAGAGAGAAUUAAAGAGGAUGCUGAGGGAGGUUUCUGUCUCCAAUCAGGAUAUAGAGCGUCGGCUGUAUGCACUGGAGAAUGCACCCCAGAAGGCUGAGAAGGGACAGGAUGAUGCAAAGGUGGAACAGGAAGCCGGAUCCUCGUCUGGCGUUCAUGGGUUGAUGCAGCAAGCAAUGACUGAUAACGUGGGGUCUCGGCAGGAGGAGUCGCUAGAUGCUACCUCUGCGCAAGCUACUCUUCGUGCUCCGCAACGCUUGGAGAGUGAUGCUAAGUCCGGCACCUCUAGUGUUGAAUCGGGAUCAGGAACUACCCGGAAGCGACAAAGCUCUCUUCGCAAUUGGCAGGAUUAUAUCUUCGGUAGUAAUACGGCUAGCCGGAAGACCAGCCGAGCGAGCAGCAUAAUGACUGAUGUCGGAGAAGUCGACGAAGAAGACACCCGGCGCCAGCGGAAUCCAGUUAACGCGGCCCGCCGAAAAGCGCUCGAUGAGCAGCUUUUCAACCCUUUAGGCGGACAAACAGGCUCUGCGGGUGAGAUUAUCGGAAAAAGCCUCGCUGGGGUUUCGGCAAGUGGGGAUGAUGCCAGUGUCCAUUCGCGCAAGUCGUCGAGGUCCGUAUCAUCUUGGGCAGUCAAAUUGUUUGCUGGAAAUCCUCAAACGAACAAGGAAGAAAAUAACACGGAAUCCCCGCGUGGCCGAGCUCUGUCAACUAAUCGGGAAAGGGGUAAAGGCGAUUUUCCAUCCCUUCAGGUCAACUCUAAGGGAGCUAUGUCGGCAGUGGCUGCCUUGAAAAGGAUCAACAGCAACGCGAGCAUUCACGGAGCGCCAGGAAGAUUGACAAGUGGCCCGGGUGCCAUGGCCCGGUCGAAUCAAGUCGGACGCAGACAUGCAGCCUCAAGUGUCUCACAUGGAGCAAGUUCGGAAACCGCUGACCACAACCCAACCAAUCUCGGACCAGUCGAGAUGGAUGCUAUCCUUCCGAUGGAAUCGCGGCCUCCAACACUUUCUCAUAUGUACAACAACUACCAACCUAGUGAGCUUCUGACGGACAGAUUCGGGUUCAUUUAUGAUCAGCGCCGAAAGAAGAGGCAGCGAGAAGCUAGUGUACUCAAGAAUGGUAGCAAUCGGAUAAGCAUCGCGGAGACUCUUAACAGCUUCCGAACCGACAAUUCAGAUGGUGACAGUGAUGACCUCCAGAGGCAGUGCGCCGCAGAGUCUUCACGCUCGCCAGUCCCAUCUCCUGAGGAUCCAGAGUCUGGUGAUGUUGCAGUUCGGAGAUGGCAGGACUAUUUGAGGAUCGCGACGGGACCAGCCGAGCUGUUGUCUCAUACCCCUUCUGCUGGUCCUAUAGUGUCAUUAACCACCGGCGAGAGCCAGCCCCGGGGCCCUGGAGUUGCUGUCGACAAGCGUGGCUCGCUCUCAGUCAACCCGAAUGCUCAGCCAUCAGCAUCUACAUCCGCUGUUGUCGCAGAUCGUCCAGAAUUUGCGGGAACAUCGACCGAAGAACUUGCGGCCACGGCAGCAACCGUCGCUGUAAAUGAGAAUGAACCCGUGAAGUUGCUUCUCGAACAAUUAACUGACCUCCACGACUCGCUGCAGCGCGACAGAACAGUCAGGUGGAACGAGUUUCUGCGCAAAGUGCGUGCCGAGCGGCGGAAGGAAGGGGAAGCCGCGGCGGCGGCGGCAGCAGCUUCGGACCGACCAUUGCAGUCCGUACAUAUGCCGGAGGCGUCUCUUGCGGAUGGCGAGGUUGUAGGGGUAGCUGGCUUGGGGAAUAAAGGCAAGGUCGGCCGCGCGAAAUGGCGGGAGUUCCGAGCUCUCGUCCUCGGUGGUAUCCCCGUUGCUCUUCGAGCAAAGGUCUGGUCCGAAUGCUGCGGCGCAUCUUCCAUGCGUGUACCUGGCUACUAUGAUGACCUCGUGAAGGGAGUCGGCGGCAGUGAUCCUGACCCAUCUGUCAUAGCGCAAAUCGACAUGGACAUCAACCGGACUUUAACAGACAACGUAUUCUUCCGCAAAGGCCCUGGUGUCAAUAAACUCAAGGAGGUCCUUCUCGCAUAUGCCCGUCGCAAUUCGGAGGUGGGAUACUGCCAAGGCAUGAAUCUUAUUGCCGCGUCACUCCUUCUCAUUACACCAGCCGCAGAGGAUGCGUUCUGGAUUCUAGCAUCUAUGAUCGAGAUUAUCCUCCCAGAACAUUACUAUGACCAUGGUCUUCUGGCUUCCCGGGCUGAUCAAGUCGUGCUACGCCAGUAUAUCUCUGAGGUUCUACCGAAACUAGCAGCUCAUUUGGAAGCUCUUGGUGUCGAAUUAGAGGCGUUGACAUUCCAGUGGUUCCUAUCCGUGUUCACCGAUUGUCUCUCCGCGGAAGCAUUGUAUCGCGUAUGGGACGUUGUCUUGUGUCUCAACGCUACCAGUGUUAUCAACCCUGCUCCGACUACCUCCAGUGCGUCGUCCUCUAGCCCCCGAGAUCCCAACGAUUCGAGUGCAUCUGCUACCAAAGAUAUCGUCUCCGGCAACGGUGGAGGAAGCACGUUCCUUUUCCAAGUUGCGCUUGCGUUGCUUAAGCUCAACGAACAACAACUUCUCACAACUUGCUCCACACCCGCCGAACUAUACACGUAUAUCAACCAUCAAAUGACCAACCAUGCAAUCAGCAUCGACGGUUUGAUACAGGCCAGCGAGGCCCUCCGCAACGUCGUGCGUCGCGAGGACGUCGUGGAGCGGAGGGCAGUCGCAAUGCGGGAGUUUGGGGGAUACCCUCCAGACGAGAGUAAAUGAUUUUAUCCUUUUUUUUUCCCGCGUACUUCAUGUUUAACAAUACCCAAGAGAUACAUUCCUUGUUUCUGUUGCGCUCCUUCUAUGAUACCACUUUUCUUUCCUUGAUAUCUAUAGACUGGCAUGGUUUCUUGCAAUUAUACGAUCCUUGAGUUUAGAUUCUUUCCUGCAUCGCUUAAAAUUCAUUCAUUGAUGGCGACUUGACGUC